AUGAGCGCCGAGCAACUCAACGUCAACCUCGACAAAGUCGACUCCCAAAUGGGCGAGCUCCUCACAGCCUUCGAGUCCCACCCCCAAAUGCAACCCCCCGCCACUCACCCAACCAUCUUCUUCCUCUUUGACUUCGUCCGCACAACCCACCGCACGCUAAAGUCCAUCGACGCCGAGAAAUUCCGCACCGGCGACAAUGAAGCCCGCGAGCAGGCGCAGGAAGUGCUUUCCAGAAACCAGUUUGCGAAUAUGCUGGUUAGUGAUCGUUCGGGGAAGCUGGCAUUGAUGACCGGUGGGGAUCCGACGAACCCGUUGGAUUUUGGGGAUGAUAUUCGCGGGAAGGCGAGGGCUUUGACGGAGGUUUGA